CGUAACGUGUUCGUCAAGCCAAAAACUUGCUUGAUAAAAUUUCAAUAUAAAAACCUAAUGACUGAAACACGAAUUAAGAAAUAAGUUUAAAAAGUUAUUUUGUAACCAACUUUUAAAAUGUCGAAAACAAAAAGUCGCAAGAGAACUGUGGAUCGGCCGCUUAAGAAAGGAAAUCACAGUCUCAAUCCAGAUAGACCAAGAGAACAUGCUGGAAUGCGAGACAAAGACACCAUUAAUAGAUUGCGUAUGUACAAGAAUUUCAAAGCCAAAAGGGAUCGAAGAGGAAAAAUUGUUAAACCUUCACCUUUUCAAAGUGCAUUGACUUCUGGAUCAGUAGCUAGAAUUGCACCAAAUCAGAAAUGGUUCGGGAACACCAAAGUUAUUGGCCAAUCUGCUCUGCAACGUUUUCAAGAUGAACUUGGAAAAGCUCUUAAAGAUCCCUACCAAGUUGUUAUGAGACAAACAAAACUUCCAAUUACUUUGCUAAAUGAGAGAGGAAAAAAUAAAAGGUUUCACUUACUGGACACAGAAGGAUUCCAGACAACUUUUGGACCCAAAGCUAUUCGAAAGAAACCAAUGUUAAAAACUUGCAAUUUGGAGGAAUUUGUGAGUGCUGUUGAAGAAUCUGUUGAAAAAUAUGAUCCAAGUAAAGACAGAGAUCUCUUAAAUGAAGAAGGCAAAGAAUUAAAGGAGGCUCGAGAAAUGAUAAUGUUGAAAGGACAAUCUAAGCGUUUGUGGAAUGAAUUGUAUAAAGUAAUAGAUUCAUCUGAUGUUGUAGUUCAGGUACUUGAUGCUCGUGAUCCCAUGGGAACACGCUCAAAACAUAUUGAAGAUUUUUUGCGAAAAGAAAAACCUCAUAAGCAGUUAUUUUUUGUUUUGAACAAAUGUGAUUUAGUACCAACGUGGGUCUCUCAACGUUGGGUUACAAUAUUGUCUGCAGAAUAUCCUACUAUGGCUUUCCAUGCUAGUUUGACAAAUCCAUUUGGUAAAGGAGCACUAAUUAAUUUGCUACGUCAAUUUGGAAAGCUUCAUCAAGAUAAGAAACAGAUAAGUGUUGGAUUUAUCGGCUAUCCAAAUGUUGGCAAAAGUUCCAUCAUUAACACUUUAAGGUCGAAAAAAGUAUGCAAUGUUGCUCCAAUUGCUGGAGAAACAAAGGUUUGGCAGUACAUAACACUAAUGAGAAGAAUUUAUCUGAUUGAUUGCCCUGGUGUUGUUUAUCCAGCUGGUGAUACUGACACCGAAAUUGUAUUGAAAGGUGUUGUACGAGUUGAGAAUGUUCAGGAUCCAGCAGAUCACAUUCCAGAGUUAUUCAACAGAGUGAGAAAGGAAUACCUGAUAAAGACAUACAAAGUAGAAUCGUGGACUGAUCAUAUUGAUUUUCUUGAGCAGUAUGCUCGUCGCACUGGAAAGCUUUUGAAAGGUGGUGAACCAGAUGUUACAGCUGUUUCUAAGAUGAUACUGAAUGACUUUCAAAGAGGAAAGUUGCCAUAUUUUGUAAAGCCACCAUUACUUGAAACUAAAGAGAAAGAAGAAGAAUCUGAUGCUUCAGCAGUCAAAACUACUGAUGAGGAAAAAACAGAUGAAACUCAAACAGAUGAAAAUAAUGAUGAAAGUAAUAAAUUGUGCAUUAUAAAUGAAACCCAAGAUUUCAGUGACUUAAAAGUUAAAUUUGACUUUAUAAAAGAAGGCGUGGUGAAUGAUGUCGAAGGAUCUGAAAUAAAGCUUGAAGACCUAAGUACAAAUGGCGAAGCUAACUGUGAAGAUAAAACAAAUGAGUGUGACUCCAAGGAAAAAAGUGCUCUUAAUCAGAUAAAUGAUGUUGCUGAACAAGAGGAUAAGUCUACGGAGCUGUUAGUUGAAGAAGAUUCUAAAAAACAAGUUAAAGAAAAACCAAAACAUCGUAAGAGAAAAAGAAAAUUGGAAUUUGAUGAUGAUGAACAGCCUGCAAAAAUGAAAUUGACUGCAAAACAAAAAAGAAAAAUAAUGAGAGCUGACAAAAUCAAGAAAAUUGGAGUACAUUUCUAUGACACUGCCAAUGUGAAAAAUCGUAACAGAGAUAGAAAGAAGGACACUAGCUCUUAGUAUUUAAAUAAAUGUAGUAUUUAUACUAUACUUGUUGUUAUUUG